AUGGCCUACGCUGCUGCGGGCGGUUCAGCUGCCACAUCUUCCGCUGCGCCGCUGGCGCCAGGCCUCGCUCCGCUCCGCGUGCUGGAGCUCUUCGCGGGCAUCGGCGGCAUGCGCAUGUCCCUGCAGCGCGCCGAGCUGCCGCACCAGAUUGUCGCCGCCUUCGACGUCUCAGAGCUCUGCGAAAAGGCGUAUCGUCACAACUUUGGAGGGGAAGAGUGGAAGAAGAAGACAAUUGAAUGCUUGAAACCCCAGGAGCUGGACGCGCUGGGGGCGGAUGUCUGGCUCAUGAGCCCGCCAUGUCAGCCCUUCACGCGCGCGGGAAAGAGGAAAGACCAUGAAGACGAUCGGUCUCGAGGACUUCUCCAUCUCAUCGGGCUUCUGCCACUGAUAGAGGUUCCGCCAGCUGCCAUUUUGUUGGAAAAUGUCGUUGGCUUCGAACGUUCCGAGUGCCGCCAGCGCUUGCUGAGUGCGCUGGGUUCUGGCUGGGAGAUGGCGGAGUUUGCCUUGGAUCCAGAAGAUUUUGGUCUUCCCAAUCGUCGUCCACGCUACUACGGCCUCUUCCGCCACCCCGAGCGCCUUCGGCUGCGAUGCUUGGCUCCCGCGGAAAGCAGCGGCGGAUGCUUCUGGAGCCAGGUGAAGGAGGAGGCUGAGCCUUUGCUUCAAGGCAGAUGUGCCCGAAGUGAAGAGAUGCGGCCACUGGGUGACUUCCUGCAGGACCCUGCAGCCCUGGCCCUGGAGGAACAGACUUUGGGCGCUUCCAUUGAAGUCCCACAGGAGGUGAUGCGCACGCGACAGCAGAAGGAUCAACGAUACGACAUCCAUCAGCGCGCGGACUACACCAGCGCCUGCCUGACGAAGGCCAAUGGGAAAUUGCCCUUUGGCCAUUCACCGUUGGUGCUGCAACAUGAGGAGGAGGAGAAAUUCCUGGAGCAAAGGCCCAAGUUAUCCUCACAGGGCAGUGGGUCCGGUGCAGCUACUGACCAUGUGUGGCAGGAAGGUUUGCGCGUGCGUUACUUGUCUCCUGUGGAACAGCUGAGAUUGAUGGGCUUUCCCGAGAGCUACAGCUUCCCAGCGUCUUUGAAGUUCAAGGACAUUUGUUCUUUGGUUGGAAAUUCCUUGAACUGCCGCAUCGUGUCUUCCCUGCUGCCCUUUCUGGUUGAGGCUCCAGCUGCGCUGGACCUGGAGGACAUUUGUUCUUUGGUUGGAAAUUCCUUGAACUGCCGCAUCGUGUCUUCCCUGCUGCCCUUUCUGGUUGAGGCUCCAGCUGCGCUGGACCUGGAGGGCUGCCGUCGCGCCUCCGAGCUGGCAGCGCGAACUGAUGUGUUCUUCUGCUUGGGUUCGACCGCAGUUUUGAUUGGGGAAGCUGACUUGCAUGACUUGCAUGAAAGCGUGUGUCUACGCUUGUUGAAAGCCAAGGACUGGGAUGAUGCGCUCGAGGUUUGCGCGCAGGUGGAUGGCGAUGGCGGGGUCAAACUCGUGGCGAUGAACGGCACGGAACACUGCACUUUGGCUGAAAGCGAAGGUGAUCCCAUGUUGAACUUUGUUCUGGGUCCCAAGAUGUCAAACUACAAAGACCCUAGGCGUCUGGAGGUCUUGCGCUUUUUGGCAGCGCUGAUUUUGGAGGCAUUCCUUGCCUUUGGCCAUGGAGGCUCUCGACGGCACGCUUGGUGCCGUGUGCCUGGCGCGCAGGAGCAACGGAGGCGUUUCCCGGGCGCUGCGCACGUCAUGGGUGAAGCCGCUGCUCGCAUGAUGGGCCCCGACGGCUUGGAAGCUCGGUCGAAUCCUCCAGUCGUGGAUGAGGUCGUCAUGUUGAUUUACAUGGUAUUUGUUCGAAAUGUGUGA